AUGAUCUACCCCACCGCCAUUGCGCUCCUCGGCGCCACGGCCGCAGCGGCCCAGUUCGCCAUCGCCGAGGUGUACCCCCCUCCGAGCCAGUGCAGACCGGCCAACAUCACCUGGGUGGGCGGCACGCCGCCAUACGUCCUCACCGCCAACCCGCCCGGCCUGCCCAACGCAGGCCCGCUCACGGUCCUCACCAACGCCACCUCGGACCACGCAUACACCUGGGUCGUCGACCUGCCCCAGGGCACGGGGUUCGACCUGCGCCUCACCGACGCGUCCGGCGUGCAGGUGUUCAGCAUGCCCUACAAGGUCCGGAACGGGACCAGCGACUGCGCGGUCAACCAGCAGGCCGCCGCCGCCAUCAGCAGCGCGCAGGCGUCCGCGUCGUCUGCGCGCGCCGAGGCCACGUCCGGCGCGGCGGCGGCGGCGUCGCCUUCCGCCUCGCACCCUAGCAGAGCGAUGGCCGUCGCUGUGCCCGGCCUCGCUGUCGCCGCGGCCGCCCUCGCUGCUGCCGUCGCUUUGUAG